AUGGUUGAGAAUGUCGAAUAUUGGGCAAAAUGKUGGGAAGAAGGAUUUACYYCUUGGCACAWGACCURCRUUCAUGWAUGCUUAGAGCAGCAUUACCAGAAGCUAAUACCAUYAUCGGRACAGCCAACAAAGACCAGAAUAUUUGUUCCUUUAUGUGGAAAAUCACUGGACAUGAUCUGGCUCGAGGAGAAGGGAUUUCAGGUUGUKGGUSUCGAGGGAGUGGAGAGUGUUGUUGCAGCUUUCUUCCAAGAGAACAACAUUUCAUUUSAAGUAAAACCAAGUCCUGASAACCCUGAGAUAAAGUGUUAUCAUGGUAUUGACAAGGACAUUACGAUYUAUYCAGUGGAUKUGUUCAAAGUCGCHACCGAUACAUUGGGGGGCUCUUUUGAUGCAGUAUGGGACAGGGGCUCUCUUUCAGCUAUUGGCCUGUAUACUGAGAAUCGAGGUAAAAGAUAUGCUGAUUUAUUAGCGAGUUUGCUAAGACCAAAUGGCCGUAUCUUGGUUGAAAACCAUGUAUAUAUAGACGACCCUGGACCACGAAGUGGACCCUCGCAUGUUCCACCAGAAGUUCUGCAUGAUUUGUUUGGAGACAAGUUUGACAUUGCAACACUGGACGUGGAAGAUAGUCCUACAAAGGGACCUUACAAUCAUUCAUACAACUUAAUGACUUUGAAAUGAUUGCUGAGUUCACAUUGACUAUCCCGAAAAUUAGUAUGAUGCCGAAACAUACAGCUGUAAAUGAAGUUUAGGCUGCUGUAGAGUAUUUUAAUUCAUAGUGUUUGUAAUCAGGCAGGCUCAUGCAAUAGUCCCAGAAAGUUUCAAAAGUUCUCACUUCUUAGCAUGUAUGCCUCUCAGGACAACCAUCUCAGCAAAUGUUGCUCCCUAUUAAUAGUCAUCAGGCUGGACACGGUGCAAUGUAACUUUAGGAUAYCUUUUGACGACCCUCAAACAAAAAACAAUUAGGAAACCUAGUAACAAAGAAGUAGGAAAGAAGAUAAAUUUAGAAAAUGGAAGACGUUAAAUGAAAGCUCAUGGUGGCCAGAAAAAAACGGCAAGUCGGGGAGAUUUGAUUCAUGUAUAAAUUAAUUACUACAGUAUUUGGUAUGUAGAUAGAGAUAAAUGAAAAACAUCGUCAUAUAAUGGAAAUAGAUAUACUUUUCUGGUAGCUGUGUUCCUGUAAGUGGAAUUCACGCUGUUUCACUAUUCAUCGCGAUCGUGUUUGUUCCGUUAUCAUGUUGAUAUAAAAAACCUUUCCCUUCACUAAAGGGUCAAAAUGAUUGCCACGUAAGACAUACAUGUGGU